AGCAUGGGGCUGGCGCUGCUCCUGGGGCUGCUUCUCUCCCGAGCCGGGGACCUCAUGGCUCUGCCCAGCAGUGACUGUGUCAUGGCAGAGCAGCUGUGCCUCUCCGACUCCACCUGCAAUGCCACGUACAGGACCCUGGAAAACUGUGCCCUGGCCAAGACUCGCCUCCUUUCACUGGAUCACGAUAGCAGGGUCAGAUGUCUGAAUGCAGAGCUUGACCUCGGGAACAGCUCUUUGCUGCACUGCAGGUGUCACCGGCGCAUGAAGAGGCAGGAGCACUGCUUACGCAUUUUCUGGACUGUUCACUCCAGCAUGACAGACGGUUAUUUCAAUUUGGAGACGUCUCCCUAUGAGAAUCCAGCAAAUGAAGAACACUGGAAGACAGAUUAUAAUAAACUGGCAGCUCUGGUAUCAGGUUCACAGUUAGCAGGAGAUGCAACAAAUCCAUGUCUGAGAGCAACACACGUUUGUAAUCUGAGCAAGAAGUGUUUUCGUCUGCGCACAGACUAUGCCUCCAUCUGCACCAAGGGAGCAGGAAGUGAGGAUGUGUGUGAUCGGCGCAAGUGCCACAGAGGGCUAAGAAAUUUCUUUGAGAAAGUUCCUGAGGAUUUCACCAAAAGGAUCCUGUUCUGCCCAUGUCAAGAUGAAUUCUGUGGAGAAAGACGCCGUAAAACUAUUGUUCCUGAUUGUUCCUUCCAGUAUAACACCAAACCAAAUUGCCUCUGGCUUCUGGACUCCUGCUUAGAAGACCAUAUCUGCAAAUCCCGACUGGCUGACUUCCAACAAAAUUGUCAACCUGUAGACAUGUCUCCAGAUGGCUGCUCUCUGCACAACCAUGCUGCAUGCCUGCAGGCUUACAUGGGCAUGAUUGGCACACCCAUGACACCCAACUAUGUCAGUAACUCCAGUGUGGAGGUCUCCUUGUGGUGUACAUGUGAGAACAGCGGCAACCAGAAGGAGAAAUGUGACCAGAUACUCGGCAUGUUUGAGAGCAACAAAUGCCUUGAAAAUACCAUUUGGUCUGAAAUGCACCUGAAGCAGAGAGCUCUAGAAAGACGGGAAGACUUACUUUAUUCAUCUUCCCUAAGCUUCCAAGGAGACAGUGCCAGCACAUCUCUCUCUUCAGCAAUGUCCCAGGCAUGUCCCAAUACAGAUUUGCUUUUGGGAAACAGAAGGCUUUCAGACAAGAGGAAUGACCUUAACCCAGGGCAAUCACUGGAAACCUCCCACAUACUUGCACCCCGCUUUCCCCCUGUCAGUUUGUGCUGAGCUCUGCAGGUAUGGUUCUCACCAUUGCUUCUGCUGUGUACACAUUCUGAGUACAGGCUAAUGUUCCAGUUUAAUAGGUUCAAUCAAAGGUCUGAUUUCUUUCAGAUCUUGUACAGGGUUUGAUUUCUGACUGUAGGGAUGACCUGACAGUGUCUCCAACCACCCCACCAUCUGGAGCUCCUCUUCAGGCAUACAAUCAUUGAAUGGUUUGGGUUUGAAGGGACCUUACAAAAUCAUUUAGCUCCAACCCUGU